AAUUUUUCUUUUGAUUUUUGGGGAAUGAGUUUUUACCGGUUGUUGUGACGAUUUCAGGAUUUGCUAAUUGCUAAUUCUCCAAGUAUUUCGGUUUUCCUAGCUCCUACACCGACGGAAACCGGACGGUGAAGCCUUCCACUCAUUGCGAUCUCCGCUGAAAGUAGUAGCCAUGGACAGUGGUCGUAAGCGCAUACCUUUAGGUGCUGUUUCUCCUUCGGCUGUUAGAAAUGCACAACGGAGGCGAUCUUCCAAUGAUGUGCAGACAUCUGGUAAUGUGUCAUCUGCGAAUCGUGAGAAUUUGGAACCGAAUAGAGCAUCUGCAUCUCUGCCAGAAUCAAGUUUUCAGACUCCAGCACGUAAUGAUAAUGUUUGCCAGCAGCCAUCACACUCCAACCUGGGUUCAUGUACAGGUACACGGAUUUGUACUUCAUCUCAGGCUGGUAAAACAACAAAAAUGGCUUACUACCCUACCCAGAGUUCAGGUUCAAAUAUCAUACUCAUUCAACCUAACUUUACAUGUACCAAGAGUAGUUCCUUAAUGUGACAUUCUCAUCCUUAU